AUGGAUACUCUCCAGAAAGAGUCCCUUUCAAACCACGCAACCCUCAACGAAGGGGACAGCGUCAGAAACCUAACCCCAGACCUCGAAAAACAGUCAACGAAGGAAACCAUCGACACAUCAGCACCAACCAAAGAACUAUUCCCAGAAACAGACCUCAGCCGGGGAAUAGUAGGCUGGGACGGACAAGAUGAUCCCAAUAAUCCCCAGAACUUCCCAGCCAACAAAAAAUGGUCCUUGCUCGCCCUCAUCAGUGUCAUGACUCUGAUCUCCCCGCUUGCCUCGAGCAUGUUCUCGCCCGCCAUCUCAUACGUGGCAGUGGAGUUCGGAGUAACGGAUCAGACAAUCUUGUCUUUCAGUGUCAGCAUCUAUAUCCUAGGAUAUGCAUUCGGCCCCCUUCUUCUCGCCCCUCUGAGCGAAGUCUACGGCCGCCGCGUUGUCCUUAGCGGUGCAAACUGGUUCUUCGUAAUCUGGCAAAUCGGCUGCGCUCGCGCAAACAGCAUUGAGACCCUCAUCGUCUGCCGUCUAUUCGCCGGAAUCGGCGGUUCAGGAUGUCUAACACUCGGCGCGGGUGUGAUCGCAGAUCUGUUCCCGCGGGAGCAGCGCGGCAUGGCAACCUCCGUUUGGGCUAUGGGACCACUGAUUGGACCUGUGGUUGGGCCUAUUGCGGGUGGAUUCCUCGGAAUGGAAGCUGGCUGGCGCUGGGUGUUUUGGCUGCUGCUUAUUGUAGGUGGUGUGGUGUCGUUCGGGGUUGAGGUUCUGAACAAGGAGACGUAUGCGGACGUUCUUAUUCGGUGGAAAACUGAGAAACUCGCAAAGGAAACGGGGAGAACGGAUUUGCGGAGUGCUUAUGACACGGAUGCGGAGCAUGCUGGUUUGAGACAGGUGCUGGCACAGAGUUUCAAACGGCCUAUUUUGCUGUUUGUUAAGUCGCCGAUUGUCUUCCUUCUGUGUGUUUAUAUGUCUUUCAUCUACGGCCUGCUCUACCUCUUCUUCACCACUAUCCCGAGCGUCUUCACUAAGACAUAUGGCUUCUCCGUUGGCCUAUCGGGACUUGCAUAUCUCGGUAUUGGCUUCGGUUUCAUUGGCGGUCUCGCAAUGAUCGCCUUCACAAACGACCGGAUGGUCAUGGCAGCUACAGCAAAGAACGGCGGCAAGUUCGAACCUGAGAUGCGCCUCCCAACGAUGAUCAUCUUCGCCUGCAUCUUGCCAAUCAGCUUCUUCUGGUACGGCUGGACAGCCGAGAAGCACGUGUUUUGGAUCGUGCCUAUCAUUGGCAUGUUCCCCUUCGGAGUCGGCAUGAUGGGCGUGUACAUGCCCAUCCAGACAUAUAUCAUCGAUUGCUAUCCCAAAUAUGCAGCGUCGGCCAAUGCCACUUUGACAGCGACUCGCUCCCUGGUUGGAGCUCUGCUUCCCCUUGCUGGACCGAAGAUGUUUGGUAAUCUGGGUCUCGGAUGGGGCAACUCGUUGCUUGGGUUCUUGGCUUUGGCAUUCAUCCCGAUUCCUAUUGUCUUCAUCAAGUACGGCAAGGUGAUUCGGGAGAAGUGGCCUGUCGAUCUUGAUGGUAAAAAGGCUUGA